UCUCUUUUGUGUGGUUGUUGGGUGUUUUUUUCCCCCCCUCCGAUUUGUGACUGCGGAUCCUAGGUGCCUGGCGGACUGGUGCUGGUGUGGGACGAAGAGAUGGCUGGGUCCUAGUGUCCCCCAGUUGGCUGCAUGACCUUGGCCCAGUUCCACCUCUUGAUGUACUGUUGGCAGAAAGCAAGACAAGCUAAAAGGAUUUUUUUUUUCCUCCCUCACGAUUCAGAAGUGACCUGGAAUGGUAGCUUAAGGUCUCCUGGAUCUUGGUGAUAAGCUGGUGUGGAGCCCAGAAGCCAGGCUGUCCUGUGGUUGAGAUAAGAAGACUCAUCCGAGAGAGAGAGAGAUUUGGUCCUGGGACGAGAGCUAGACAACGUGCCACCAUGCCAGCCGUUUCCAACCGAGCCAGGGCCCGGGAGAGAAACAAUGUCUUGAACCGGACCGAAUUCCUCUCCCUCAACCAGCCUUUGAAAAAUGCCCAGGAGUCUCGGAGUCUCCCCCGGAGGCUGAACAGCCAAGGGGGCCCUGCCCCAUCCCAGAGCGAGGGGUCCAAGGAGCAGCGCCCGUCUCAGCAGCUGCUGCCGGAAGAAGACUGCAUGCAACUGAACCCUUCUUUCAAAGGCAUCGCCUACAAUUCCUUGCUGGCCAUUGACAUCUCCCUCUCCAAGCGGCUGGGGGUCUGUGCCAGCAACUCAGCGGCCUGGGGCAAUGCCCGCUCCAUGGUCAACCUCAUUGGCAUCACCGGGCACGGUAUCCCUUGGGUCGGAGGGACCCUCAUCUGUUUGGUCAAAAGCAGCACCUUAGCUGGCCAGGAAGUUCUCCUCAACCUCCUCUUGGCUCUGCUCCUGGACAUCAUCAUUGUAGCCGGGUUACAGAAAAUGGCAAAGCGGAAAGGUCCUUAUGAUGUCAGCCCGGGCAUUUUGGACUAUCUGACGAUGGAUGUCUACGCCUUCCCUGCUGGUCACGCCAGCCGGGCUGCUAUGGUGUCCAAGUUCUUCCUCAACCACCUCGUUCUAGCAGUCCCACUCCGUAUUCUUCUUAUCCUCUGGGCUUUCUUAGUGGGACUCUCCCGAAUCAUGGUGGGACGCCACCAUGUCACCGAUGUCUUCUCCGGGUUUGUCUUUGGUUACAUCCAGUUCCGAUUGGUGGAGAUUCUCUGGAUGUCCUCCAACACGUGCCAGAUGUUGAUUUCUAUGUGGUGAAGUGGAGUGAUGUCCUCAUCAGCAUCCUUUCAUUUUCUGUUUGAGGACACGGACAAGGCAAGAGAUCUCUCCGAAAGGGAGAUGUUCUGCAAAAGAACCAUGAAGUUUGUUCUUCUAAGAGUUCUUCUAGAAGUUCUUCCAAGUUCUUCCUAGAAGUUUGUUCUUCUAAUAAGCGAUGGAUCUGAACCUCACGAAGCUGAAGAGACCGUUCUGUCUCAUGUAGCAACCUCAUCUGAGAAUCUUUGAGAUUGAUUUUUGAUUGAUUGAUUGAUUGAUAUUUGGCUGUUUUCCCCCCCCCAUGAUUCCAACCAGAAAGCAAAUCCAAGGAUCAAGGAUAAUAACAUUGCUUUCUCUUGCUAUCUGGCUGUUGAGACAUCUCAUAGCUCUUGCUUUUUAAUCUGGAGACAAUCGUAGAAUUUAAUAACGGUUGAGAAAUACAGGAUGAACUUCCUUGCCUAAAUUGAGGUGUCCACCAGUUUUGUUGAGACUCUCGUUCUUGGACAUCCCAGCUUCUCUGCCUACUUUCCCAACUUGGACAUCAUCCAGAUGUAUGAACGUCAGUUUCCAGAAUUCCCUAGUCCGUAUGGUCACUUGCUAAGAAUUGUGGGAGAUGAAGUGCAACCUCCAUACUUAUGGACUUCAGGUUCCAGAAUUCUCUAGUCAGAAUGAGAGAACUGCGGGAGAGGAAGGGCAUCUUCAACUAGGGUGGACUUCAGCUCCCAGAAUUCCCCACCAGCAUCUGGUCAACACUGAGAAUUCUGGGAACUCAAGGACCCUCCCCCCCUCCUCCAGAAAGGUGGAUUUCAGCUUCCAGGUGAUGAAUUCUGGAAGUUGAAAUUAAUGCAUUUGGACAAUGUACCAUGGGGAAAAACUAACACCAUGCCUUAUAAAUUAUUGACAAUGACACAGGAGCAUUCUGUAUCUCUUAGACAUUUUUUCCUUGUUUUAUUGCCAAUUUCUUAGCCAAGCAAAAUUCAGGAACCAUUAAGCGAGCCGGGGUAAGGCGGUGGACUAAGGCGGAAAUCGUAAUCCAGUUCAAAGCAUCCUUAGCUCUCAAAUUUACAAGCCAGUAGCCAAGUUCCCACCCAGUGGAUCCUCCGAUGUAAACCUGGAUUCACCUAUUGUGCAGAAGUGGAAUCAAACCCACAAACGUAUGAUUUGCAGCAAUGUUUCCCAGUCUUGGCAACUUCAAGGUGGACUUCAACUCCCAGAAUUCUCAACAAUGUCUAGGCUGACUGUGGAACUCUGGGAGAUGAAGAUCAUCUCCCUGGUCAUUGCCAUGGUUGAAGGACCUUGACUUAGAGAGAAGUCUGAGCUUAGAGUAAUAACUUGAUCUCCCACGUAUUUAAAUGUGGUUUGUUGCACCAUUGGUGGUCAGGUCAUGGUGAGCCAUAAACCAGAACAACAAUGGCUGAGGUGGCAUAAUGGAAGCCAAGCUAAGUCUUGAAAUUGUAAACCUGACUUUACCAUCAAAGGAUGAGUCAAAGCUGUGGCUUAUGUGGUGAUAUUGGUUGAAGGAGCCUUGACGUAGGAUUCAUUGAAGCAAAUAAAAUGUUUUUUCUAGUUCAUGCAGGGCAAAAUUUAUGCAAAUGAGGCCUCUCUGACUUGCUUAUUUAAACCAUAGUUGUGGGGGAAGCCAACCGCCCCCAACCUCACAGAGAAAGUGCGAGGCUAAAAUUGGGGUGAACGAAACAAUGACUUGACUUUUAAGAGAGUAAAGUAGACCAAUGAAAGGACAACUUAUAGGUAUAUAGGGCUGUUUUCUUCAUUCACUACAUUGGAUGAUCGAGAAGAAGAAGGAUUUUCUAAUAUCGUUGGAGUUUUUCUCACUUGAUGGGGCUGGAAUUUAACUUGUAAUACAGGGUCUGAUAAGUUUGGUCUUUUUCGUUCUUUCUGAUAUUCAGUAAAAGAGCUCAGACAAAUGUUUUUGGGGCAACCAAAACGACUGGUGGUGCUUUUCCCAAGAUUGAAGCCCCACGGAGAGGCAAACCCCCCCCCCAUCAUCAGUGGGUCCACACAACCGCCUCCAAAAGGGAAGAAUUUUGCUCCCGUCUCCAUAGCAACCGUUGCAGAUGGAAGGAUAACUCUCCGUUAUAAUUCUUUUAUCCUCAGAGCUGAUGAGUUUCAAAGAUCCAUCUAAGAGCAUCUGAAUUCUCUGUGGUCGCCGGGUUUUGGGAGGGGGCGGUGGAAAUAUCCUCGGCAAAUUGAAUGAAGGUAAUGUAAUUAAAUCAAAUUGAAUUGAAUUGCCUUGGGGCUUGUAUUGCCCUAAGCUCUCCACACUAAAUGUGAACUGGUUAUGCUGGUUUAUGAUCUUAAUAAAGCUUUGAGUUGACUUGG